AUGAGUAAAAUUAAAGUGUUGAGUGUCAUAGGCAAUCCUGACUUAAUACAUUUCAGAACUCUUCAGAAGACUGAAAGAAAAAAGACAUAUGAGAUUUAAGAAAUGCAUGAGUCAGAAUAUGAUCACGAAAUGAAAAUUCUCAAACGAGAUGCCUCCCUGAGAAUCUAACUAAAAAGAUUGCAACCAUUAUCUAACCAAGAGCCCUUUACAAUUGAUGAUUCUUUUACCUCCAAAACUGUUAAAAGGCCAUUGUUGUUAAUUCAAAAUGGUACUCCUAUGGUGCAUUCUAAUAGACGUACCAAAUUUACUCAAAGUUUAAUUAACUAAGCCUAUGAAUCCUAGCUAUCUUUUUUUAAUUCAAGAAAGAACACCUACGUAUAAAUGAUACUAUCAAUUGAUGAAUAACUCUAUCCAAUAAUAAUUGAAUUGUAUACAGAAUAUGCCCCCAAAGCAUGCGAAAACUUUGUAAAGUUUUGCGAAGGUGUCACGAUAGAUGGAGAUUAUUAUACAUAUAAAAAUACUAAGUUUUAGAAAUUUAAACCAAAUGGAUUCUUAUAAGGUGGAUAAUUUGCAAAGAAAGUGUCUAUAUAUGGAGAUUACUUUGAAGAUGAAUCCUAUGCCCUAUAACAUGAUUGUGAAGGUAUCAUAGGAUAAGUAAAUGAUGGAUUUCAACAUACAAAUCACUCCUAAUUUUACAUUACACUAUCCUCAAUGAGUUACUUUAACUUUAAAAGAGUUGCAUUUGGGAAAGUCAUAAGAGGAAUGAAAUAGUUUUCAAAAAUUUUAAAAAAAGAUUAAAUUUCUCCCAACAUAAUCAUCCAGGAAUGUGGACGAUAUGAUCAAUAAGCGUAAAUACGAAUGAAGUUAGAGAAAUUUUCUGAAGAUUUUGCAAGUGUGUUACCUUAAAAUGCUGAAUCAUUCAAUAAGUUUAUUGAUGCUGAACAGGAUAAACACAGUGAAGCUUAAGGAGAUUUUACCAAAUUAAUGAAGUUUUUGGUUGAAUAAAUGAAAUAGAUUUCGAAAUUUGCAUAUUCGUUAACUGCAAUAAAGAAAGCAAUAUUAUAAUUGAAUGAAUAAUUUCAAAACAAUCAAUUAUGUUUGAUGUUAUACAUAUUAGACAAUCAAUAAGUCUUAUUAGCUGAUAACUAAUAGGGAAAAUAUCUUGUAGUAUUUAGGGCAAUAGAGGGUACUGAUUCAUUUAGAGCAUCGGCAUUUAUUGUAUUUAAGAAAUAAACAACGAUGUUCAAAAAUGUGAAUUUGAAUGAUCUGAAAUAGAGUGGAGAACAAGUGGUGGGAAUAUGUUAUUGUGUUUAUGGAACAACAACUCAAUUGGUCUUUGGAACUGGUUAUAAUUUGAGUAUGUUCACACUUUAGAACAGUGAAUUCAAAUUAUAAUAAAAAGAACUAUAAAUCCCCAAAACUGAAACAUUUUAUUGUUCAGAUAUCAACGAUGAUUUUAUAUAAUAAAAAAUCAUUUCUAGUUUACCCACUAAUAACAUGAGGUACACAAAUAGUAUCUUUACAACUUUACAUCGUGUAGUAAGACUUGGAGGUCUGGCUAUGUAUAAGGAUGUGACCAUUUUCGAGGCAAUGAUUUGUGCAUUCACUUUAGCAAGAUCAUGGGGUUGGUCAUUUUGUGCAGGAACAACUACAUUCAAUUAAAUAAAGGUCAAAAAUGUUAACCAAUUAACUUAUCUUUAUUUAGGUUAAUAGAAAUGGGUCUAGAAAAUAGAGAAUCAUUUUUUAUCAAUAGUGUGA